GUAAGGCGUUUAAAGUACGCAGGAACGGACUACCACUCCCAGGGGGCUUUGCGUGGCGCGCAUGCGUAUAGGCGCCAGCUAGAGAGCGCGGCAAACCUUUGGGUUAGACUGACAUCCCUUUAGUCUAACCAGAAGACAGGCUUUAAGGCAGCAAACCAAUCCCGACCUCACAGACCCCACCCCUUUAUUCUUAGCCCGAAGCUUCCUUGCGGGAGUGACGGGCUCCACUGCCUUUGAGGGCUCAGUUUCCUUUGAUGGACAUUAACACCGGUGAAUCAGAGCGCCGGGAAGUCGAGAGGGUGUUGAAAAGCGUGCCUUGGGGCCAAUGGGUUAGCGGCAGGGCCUGGCUCCGUCCAAUCACUUCUCCCCGUGUCGCCAAUCAUCCUGGACCCCGCCCCCCGAGCGUGACGUAGGUAGGGUGGGUAGCAACAGUUGCCCCGGUGAGGGAAACGGAGGCGCCAUAGCCACGGUAGUCGUGGCGACCAAGCAACCCAGCAACGCGAGUCAACAACAACAACCGCCCGGCCGACCCCCACCCCCACCCCCCCCGGCCCGGCCCGGGGACCCCGGCACGUUCUGUCCCCCUCCCAACAUCGCCUCCGAGACCUCUGGAAAGCCCUUCCGCAGAAAGAAGUGGGAAGAAGCCGAGCAAGCAAAAAAAAAAAAAAAAAGCCUUAUUUAUUAUCAUUUUCCCCACUGUUGGCAUGGCAACACAGGCGUACGUUACUGAGUUACAGGCGGCCCCGCAACCAUCCCAGCCACCACAGGCUCCGCCACAAGCCCAGCCGCCACCGCCGCCCUCCGCGGCACCCCAGCCCCCCCAGCCCCCCGCCACCGCCGCCACCCCCCAGCCCCAGUAUGUCACCGAGCUGCAGAAUCCGCAGCCCCAGGCGCAGCCACCGGGCAGCCAGAAGCCGUAUGUGACAGAGCUCCCGGCUGCCCCCACGCCCUCGCAGCCGGCCGGCGCACCCACCCCGUCCCCGGCGUCCCAGCAGUACAUCGUGGUCACCGUCUCCGAGGGUGCCAUGCGGGCCAGCGAGACUGUGUCAGAGGCCAGCCCAGGCUCCACGGCUAGCCAGACCGGAGUCCCCACUCAGGUGGUUCAGCAGGUGCAGGGCACCCAGCAGCGGCUACUGGUCCAGACAAGCGUGCAGGCCAAGCCGGGCCACGUGUCACCCCUCCAGCUCACCAACAUCCCGGUGCCCCAGCAGGCUCUCCCCACGCAGCGUCUGGUGGUGCAGAGCACAGCCCCAGGCGGCAAGGGCGGCCAGGUCUCCCUGACAGUGCACGGCACCCAGCAAGUGCACUCACCCCCCGAGCGGUCACCAGUGCAGGCCAACAGCUCCUCCAGCAAGACGGCCGGGGCCCCCACGGGCACGGUGCCGCAGCCGCUGCAAGUCCAUGGCGUCCAGCAGAGUGUCCCCGUCACCCAAGAGAGGUCAGUGGUUCAGGCCACUCCACAGGUGCCCAAAGCUGGCCCCGUGCAGCAGCUCACGGUGCAAGGACUCCAGUCGGUCCAUGUGGCUCAAGAGGUGCAGCAACUCCAGCAGGUGCCAGUCUCACACGUGUAUCCCAGCCAAGUGCAGUACGUGGAGGGCGGUGAUGCCAGCUACACGGCGAGUGCCAUCCGCUCCAGCACCUACUCGUACCCGGAGACGCCACUGUACCCGCAGACGGCAGGCACCAGCUACUACGAGGCCGCGGGCACGGCUGCCCAGGUCAGCACCCCUGCCACUUCCCAGGCGGUGGCCAGCAGCGGCUCUGUGCCCAUGUACGUGUCUGGCAGCCAGGUUGUCGCCAGCUCCACCAGCAGUGGGAGUGGAGCCAGCAGCGGCGGCAGCGGCAGCAGCGGCGGCGGCGGCGGCGGCGGCGGCGGGGGUGGGGGCGGGGGUGGCGGCAGCGGCGGCGGCGGCGGCGGCGGCGGAGGCGCAGGCACCUACGUGAUCCAAGGCGGCUACAUGCUGGGCGGGGCCAGCCAGUCCUACUCCCACACCACCCGUGCCUCACCAGCCACCGUCCAGUGGCUCCUGGACAACUACGAGACGGCCGAGGGCGUGAGCCUGCCACGGAGCACCCUGUACUGCCACUACCUGCUGCACUGCCAGGAGCAGAAGCUGGAGCCCGUCAACGCCGCCUCCUUCGGCAAGCUCAUCCGCUCCGUCUUCAUGGGCCUGCGCACCCGUCGCCUAGGCACCAGGGGCAACUCCAAGUACCACUACUAUGGCCUGCGCAUCAAGGCCAGCUCGCCCCUGCUGCGGCUGAUGGAGGACCAGCAGCACAUGGCCAUGCGGGGCCAACCCUUCUCCCAAAAACAGAGGCUGAAACCCAUCCAGAAGAUGGAGGGCAUGACCAACGGCGUGGCCGUGGGGCCACAGCAGGCCACUGGACUCUCGGACAUCAGCGCCCAGGUCCAGCAGUACCAGCAGUUUCUGGAUGCCUCGAGAAGCCUCCCUGACUUCUCAGAGCUUGAUCUCCAGGGCAAAGUGCUGCCCGAGGGCAUCGGACCUGGGGACAUCAAGGCCUUCCAGGUCCUAUACCGGGAACACUGUGAGGCCAUCGUCGAUGUCAUGGUGAACCUGCAGUUCACACUGGUGGAAACGCUCUGGAAAACCUUCUGGAGGUACAACCUGAGCCAGCCCAGCGAGGCGCCGCCGCUGGCUGUGCACGAUGAGGCUGAGAAGCGGCUGCCCAAGGCCAGCCUGGUGCUCCUCUCCAAGUUCGAGCCCGUGCUGCAGUGGACCAAGCACUGUGACAACGUGCUGUACCAGGGCCUGGUGGAGAUCCUCAUCCCGGAUGUGCUGCGGCCCAUCCCCAGUGCCUUGACCCAAGCGAUCCGGAACUUUGCCAAGAGCCUGGAGAGCUGGCUCACCCACGCCAUGGUGAACAUCCCCGAGGAGAUGCUGCGGGUGAAGGUGGCAGCGGCCGGCGCCUUCGCGCAGACCCUGCGUCGCUACACGUCGCUCAACCACUUGGCACAGGCGGCGCGCGCUGUGCUGCAGAACACCGCGCAGAUCAACCAGAUGCUGAGCGAUCUCAACCGCGUGGACUUCGCCAACGUACAGGAGCAGGCUUCGUGGGUGUGCCGCUGCGAGGACCGCGUGGUGCAGCGACUGGAGCAGGACUUCAAAGUGACGCUGCAGCAGCAAAACUCACUGGAGCAGUGGGCGGCUUGGCUGGAUGGCGUCGUGAGCCAGGUGCUCAAGCCCUACCAGGGCAGCACCGGCUUCCCCAAGGCCGCCAAGCUCUUCCUCCUCAAGUGGUCAUUCUACAGCUCUAUGGUGAUCCGGGACCUGACCCUGCGCAGCGCCGCCAGCUUCGGCUCCUUCCAUCUCAUCAGGCUGCUCUACGAUGAGUACAUGUACUACCUGAUCGAACAUCGUGUGGCCCAGGCCAAGGGCGAGACCCCCAUCGCCGUCAUGGGCGAGUUCGCCAAUCUGGCCACUUCUCUGAACCCCCUGGACCCGGACAAAGACGAGGAGGAGGAGGAAGAAGAGGAGAGCGAGGAUGAGCUGCCGCAGGACAUCUCUCUCGCGGCCGGCAGCGAGUCGCCCGCGCUGGGCCCCGAGGCUCUGGAGCCACCGGCCAAGCUGGCGCGGACAGACGCGCGCGGCCUCUUCGUGCAGGCACUGCCCUCCAGCUAAACCCGCGGCCUUCCCCGCCCCGCCCGCCCGCCCUCCCCCACCGCCCUUCCUCGCCAGGGUCCUUCACAGCUUCUGUGGCUUCGCUGUCACCGCUCCAGCUUCGGCCAGGGCCAGGAGGGGGCCUCCAAGACAGGGAAGGCUGGGGGGUCCCUGCCCCCGCCAUGGGGCCCGCACAAUCACAGGGCCGGGCGGAGCCGCAGCUGCAAACACUGACACAAAAGACGUGCCUUAAGGAACCCGCCGCAGUGCCCAGGUGCCCCCUGGGGCAGCCAGCUUGGCCCCUUGGCCCCAAAGGCUGCAUCAUCUCUCUCCCUCCCUCCCCCAGCCCCACCCCCACCACCCCAGGGGGCAGGCAGGCAGGCCCCCUACCUUGCAGAACUGUUAACUUAUUCAGCUCGCUGGCUUUGCACAGCCUGUCCUGGGCCCAGCCCUGAGCCCCGGGUGGGCGCAGGUGGGCAUCACCUGGGGACCCACCACUGUCGGCAGCAGCAGCCCCGGGACCCCUCCCUCAGUAACCCCACCGCUUCCCCCUCCUUGGUAUAAGUGCAAUUAAAGCCGUGGGUGUCGCAUCUUCUCCAGCGCUGGACCCUCCCGCGCCCCACAGCCCCAGAGGCGGGCACUGCCCAGCCUGGACGGGGGGGAGGGCAGAAGGGGCACCAUCUCUGGCUUCCAAAGAGCAGCAGGCUGGGCCGGGCGAUGAGCCCGGAGGGGCCUGCUGCAGGCAGCGGGCCCGGAAGUGCCCACGCCUGCCCCGGCCGGGGCUGGGUGCUCCGCUUGCUCGUAUCCAAGCCCCUAAGCCCCCUUUGCCGCUGGUUUGUAAUGGAAUCUCCACGCUCCUACUUAACCCCCACCUCCGCUCCUGGAGACCGUGCUUCUCCUCCGUGUGUGGGACCUCUGCCCCUCCCCACCCCCCACAUGACUAUUGUGCGAUUUGUGAGCGGAGUCGGUAACUUGUUGGGUUUUUUUCCAACCAUCAUGGCCUUAUCUGUUCCGGUUUUCUCAGUGUUUUCAACCUGUGAGAUAGAUGUUUAUGGCAAAAAGCGAAAAAAGAAAAAAAAAAACCUGACCUAUUGUAUAAAAAUCACUAUUUUGUGUGCUCCGCGUGCUACAGCUUUUGGGAGUGGUUUGCCCACUCCCUCUCCCACUCCUCUGGGCCUCCCUUCUCCUGGCGGUGAAAGUGUCCACGCGUGUGGUAGUCUAGUGUGCCGAGCUGUUUUCUAUCUUUUUGUAGUCUUUCUUAAAACACAAUAAAUUCCACUGUCA